AGGGGAGGCCCCGCCCCGGGAGGCGGAGUCACUGCGGCUCCCCGCCCCCGCCAACCGGAGCCGCCCGCCCGCGGCCGAAGCCGGAUACGGAGGCGCCGAGGCCGGACGCGGCCAUGGCGGACUGGGGCCGAGGUCAGAGUCCAAGUGCUGUGGAUGAUAUGCUAGAUGUGGAGAACAAGCGCAUGGCGGACAAUCUAGCCACCAAGGUCACCAGGCUGAAAUCGCUGGCACUGGAUAUCGACAAAGAUGCUGAGGAUCAAAACCGCUAUCUGGAUGGCACGGACUCCGAUUUCAUGAGCGUGACAGGCCUGCUGACGGGAAGUGUGAAGCGUUUCUCCACCAUGACACGCUCAGGAAGGGAUAAUCGCAAACUGCUUUGUUACGUUUCUGCUGGACUGGUGGUUGUGUUUUUCAUCCUCUAUUAUCUCGUGUCAAAAGCACGGACUUGAGUAGGGUCCUCAUCCUGGAAUUUUUAUGGAAAGAAAAACUGUGGCCAUGAUAGACAGAGACUUGCUCAAAGCUAUCCUCAAGUCUACCCUGUCAAGGAUUGUUGGGAUAUUCCUGGAGGACCAUAACGUCUCUGGACUCCAAGUUACUGUCAUUUUUCUAAUCAGUCUUGGACAUAUUCAUCAGAUUUUUUCAUAAAAUGAAUAUAGUUCGUUCUGAUCUUUUUAAAUGUAUGUAUACCACAACUUGAUCUCCUUGUUGACACUUAGCCUUCAUUUAUUGCUUUGUCCAUGACCUUUAGCCUUCAUCUAUUACCUGGCUCAUAACCAUGUCAUGCCCACCUUAGGGACGUGCAGUGUUGUUUAUGUGAAAGUGUCUGACUCAACCCAUAGUAGCAAUGUGCCUGUACUCCAUUCAUAAAUGAGCAGAGCUGGGGAGUCUGAGAAGUCUAAAUGUGGGCCUGGGAGGCAGGAGCUGUUGAGUUCUAAUCCAGCUCUGUCAGUGGCUUACUUUGUGCUCUUGGGAAGUCAGUUAAUCUCAUUUUAUGUUUUGAAAUACAUUAAUACCAACAGCUUCUCACUAGGCUAGAAUUGUUGUACAAUGCUCUGAAGAACUAAAUCGUGUGGUAGGUACUGAGUUGAGUAGUUACUACUUGUUAUCAUGAAUGGUUGAUGGAGUUUUGUAUCAGAGCAGGCUUUUACCACCAUGAUAGCUUGGUUCUACUGACCUGCUUGUCUCAUAGCCGAGGAUGGGGAAAGGCAGUAAAGAGAUGGCUGGUGGCAGUAAUUUUUCUGUAGCACAAAUAUCAUGGCUCUUGUGACAAGUACAUACGUGCUCAGUUGCAACCAUAGAAGACAUGAGAGAGUUGAAAAACUGAAGAGGGAAAAAAACAUUACUUUACAAAAGGCUUGGAAACUAUUGUGUAAAUAAUCUAGAGGGGGAAGUUGUUCGUAUAGUUGGUACUGGCAUUCCCAUAAUACGACACUUUGGUAUUGUUGGGAAGACAUUUCCACUCCAUAGGUAAAGAUGGAGUUUAGAUCUGUCGUCUUAAGUGGGCUGAUCAUAGGGAUGAUUUAAAAUAAGAGGUAACCUUAGAAUUCUCAAUUCUUUGUCCCCCCCACAUCACCUGGUAGGUACGCUGCAUGUCACUGUGCAACUGUCUGGAAUACAUACCUGAGCAAGUAUUGUCUAUUGUUUGUGAAGCCAUCACUCCAGAGCUUGCAGCACUUUGAGAUACAGUAUGCACCCUGUUCUAUGAUGAUUCUACAUAAUUCUGUGCGUUAGAAUGCUGUGUGGAUGAAGGUUGUUUAUGAUCUUUCAGCACUACAUCUUUAUUCUGUAUUGUACCCUGAUUCAGAAUGCUCAUCCCAAAUCACCCUUCUCUCUCUCACCUUUCAUUGAUCUUGUCAUUUCCCCUCUCAUUCCAACCCAUGUAUGUUCUCCCAUCUGAAUUAUUUAUAUCUGCCUCCAGUUAUAAUAAACCAUUCUAAAAAUACUACUGUUAUUUUAAAAAAACACCCAAAACGCUAUACAUUAUUUUAAAAGGCUUUUAUGGUACAAAACAACUCUACCAUAAUUGUUUUGUAGUGUGUGUAUAUUUGUUCCAAGGGUUCCUCUGGAUUUUCCUGUAAGUAUUCCUUGCUUGAUGAUUGGCUAUCUCUUAUUCCUCUUGAUAUAACCACCUCUCUAAGACCAAAGAAUAUAUCCUCUAUACAGUUUAUUUUUCUCCCCGAACAAACCCAUAUCCCCUAAUCCCUGUGUAUAUUGCCUCACCCUGACAAAUGACACUGUGUGACAUUGAGGAAUUUCCCUCUUACAAGCCACAGAACGUUGAUCCUUCUGCAGAUUUAGAUCCAGUUUUCUUAAUCUGCUUCUUACCUUGAAUAUUGAUCUUCUCAUGUAUUAGCUGAUGUACUGUAACUUGUGUCCUUAUCCUGUUCCAAAGAUAGAAUGUGCAAUAGGGAUAGAGGGAGAAGGAUGCAGCGAUGAUCCACUCUGGCUCUUGGCUCAGUUGACUCAGUCCUGUUUGAAUCUUGUUUUUGGUAAGACUUGGCUCUUCUGAGCUCAUUUUACAUGCCUAAAAAAUUUGGGUGGCUCACUUGAGUGUUCCGUCUGCUUCCCUCAAGCAAAUCUUUCCUGACCAAAGAACUCCAAAGCACUCUAAUUCUUGCCAGAGCAAUUAUCUCUUUAUUUUGCUUUUUAUGGUGUGAAUAAAGUUGUACUGCCUUAA